GGUUUCGUGGUUGAGUUCUGAGGGGAUUUUGGCUGCUUUCACACGUGUUUGUUGAUCUCUUCUUGGUUUCGUCAUUGUUGGACAGAUGGUGAGAUGUGUUUCUUCAUGCAGAGGGGGAGUGCUGUUGUGGGUCAUUGUCUUAUGUUUUGGUGGCUCUGCGUCGUAUCAUGUCUGUCUCUUGGGUUUUCAUUGGUCUUCUCUGGCGGUGGUGGAGGGUUUGUUUGUGUUGUUGGUGUGGCAAGGUUUUUUGCUUGGUUUGUCUCGCUGCUUCUGUUGGUUAACCGCUGUUUUGCCUGGAGGUGAUUUCUUUUUUUUCUUUUUGUUUUUUAUUUCGAUUUGCAUGCUAUGCUGUUGUACUGUGAUGGCUUUUUGCUACGUUUUGUUGUUUGUUUUGUUGUUUUGGGUUUUUCUCAUGUUGUUUUGCUUUGUUGUCUUCUCUUCCUCAUUUCCAUGUCUGCAGGUUUGGUUUCUUUUCUGUUGGAGCGAUUUUGGAGUCUAAAUAUAAGUUAAAUGGACUACAACCUCCUUUCCGAGCUAGGAUUUCCAAAACGUGAAUGGAAAAUUAAGGCAAGGGUUGCCCGUCUAUGGAAUUCAAUAAAUCAUGCCGACAAUGAUC